AAAUGCACCUAAAUUCAUGAUCACGACUUAACAUAAGUGCCCAGUACUAAAAAAACCAUGUACUCAUCGUAAAUCAUUAACAUCAUCUUCUAUAUUCACCAACAAAAUUGUUGUGCAGGUCUUUUAAGUUUUACCUUAUUCAUCAAACUAUAUAUAUAUAUAUAUAUCCUUGAGCAUGGACUCAAGUUCUAAGAGCAAAAGUGAUGAGAUUAUGAUAGAUAUUUCUCCGGCAAUCCGAUUUUACAAAACUGGUCGAGUCGAGCGACACCCACGGUUGAACACCCCUGCUGUUCCUCCAUCUUUGGAUCCCAAAACUGGGGUGGAAUCCAAAGACAUCAAAAUCUCUAUUGAAACAAAUGUCUUUGUUAGACUUUUCAAACCAAACAACCAAAAGAAAUUACCAAUUCUGUUAUACUUUCAUGGGGGUGGUUUUUGCCUUGAAAGCACCUUUUCUCCAAAGUAUCACAACUACCUCAAUAGUUUAUCUUCUGAAGCUCAAGUGAUGAUUGUAUCUGUUGAGUAUCGAAGAGCACCCGAACAUCGUCUCCCAGCUGCAUAUCAUGAUUGUUGGGAUGCACUCAAUUGGGUGAUCUUUCAUGCUACUGAUGAUACUCAUAAUAAUACACAUACAAAAGAAUUAUGGCUUCAGGACAAUGUAGACUUCUCUAAAGUUUUCUUGAUGGGAGAUAGUUCAGGUGGUAACAUUGCUCAUUAUCUAGCGUUGCGAGUAGGGAUCGAAGGAUUGAGUAGAGGUCGUGCAUUCCACAUUAAUGGUGUCAUUUUAGUGCAUCCCUACUUCUGGAGUAAACGCCGCAUUGGUGAUGAAGCUAGUAAAAGAAGUUACUUGUCUGUGCGAGGUUUAGCAGAAAAGAUAUGGGAGCUUGCUUGCCCUGAGAAGAGUAGUGGAAUUGAUGAUCCGUGGAUUAACCCUGCUAAUGACCCAUGUUUGUCGAGUCUAGGAUGCAACCGUGUCUUGAUAUGUGUCGCGCAGAAGGAUCUUUUUCGAGAUCGAGGAUUGUACUAUAAGGAGGUUUUAGAGAAGAGUGGAUGGCAGGGGACAGUGGAGGUGGUAGAGUCUAAAGGAGAGGAUCAUACAUUUCACUUGCUUAAUCGUUCUUGUGCCAACUCUUUGGAGCUUUUGAGGAAGGUUGUUGCUUUUAUCUACCCUGCACGUUGUGCACUCUAAACUUGCAUCUCUUCUGCUUGUAUAGAAGGAUUUCAUUAUAGAUACUACUCCCUCCGUUUCGAUUUAAUCUACACACUUACACUUUUCACGCAUGCCAAUGCAAAACUUUGAAGACAUAUAUCUUUAGUUUUGUAUUUGUAAAAAUUAUAAAAAGUACAUAUUAAUAAAAUACAUGUUAUGAUGAA